AAAUGUAAGGUUUUUCCUUAUAUCUACACGUGAAGACAAUGUAAUAACGAUCGCUUUAAACUAUUUGUAAUGUUUUACAUCUGGUACAGUACACUUUAAAUAGUUUGUUAUAUAAGUACACCGGAACCGAUAAAAUUUACAUAAAAUAUUAAAAAUGACUUCCGUCAUUCCUACAGUGGAUGACAUAGGCAGAAUCAGGGACAUAGAGGCUGCUAAGAGGGCAUGUCACAACAUUAAUAUACCGUAUAGUAAUACAGAUACUUUUGAUGAGCUGCUAGAGAAGUUGACAAUUAGAAGUAUGAUUGAAGAAGGUGAAGAGGAGUUUCCAUCUCUUGAUGAGAUUGAUGAGCUGGAUGACAUUUGUGGCGUUCUAGAGAUUUGUGAGGACCAUAGCGUUAAUAUAGAAACAUUGGAAGACUGUUCAGAAAUAAAGGAGCGGUUGAAACUCGAGUUCUGGCGGAGGAAAGGAACAUCUUUCAAAAAAGAGGUACAAGAUGCCAUGAUCAGAACAAGUGAGGAAAAUGACAAAAAGCGUCUCCGUCUUAUCCAAAUGUUCGAGGAACUCGUGCAGAUCAUUGGCUCAAAAGAUGUAUCAAUGGCAGCUGAUUUUGUCACAGAUUUAUUACAGAAAGAGCAAACUUCAGGUGACAUUCUUGCAGACUGCGAGACAAACAUUGAACGACUGAAAGAAAAGGAAAGCGUGAUACUUGUAGCAGGUGAAACCUCAGCCGGGAAAUCAAGCUUUUUGAACCUGCUUCUAGGAAGUGAAUUUCUACCUACACACACGUGCAGUUGUACGUCGUCCAUAACAACACUAAGAUAUGGAACGCAGAAAGAAGCUAGAAUCAUUUACGGAGGCCCGAAAUCAAAAGUAGAUGUAAUUAAAAAUCUUGCCAAAGAAGGAAUGGAAAGGUUAUAUGAAAUAACAUUCAUGAAAGGAAAAGAGAGAGAAGAAGGUCAUAACGUGAAAGAAGUACAAGUCUAUUUGCCACUCGAAUUUCUAAAGUGUGGAAUUGUUCUUGCUGACACACCAGGUAUAGGUGAAAAUGAAUUUCUUGAACAAUAUUUGAUGGACUUCAUAUCAAACAAUCAGAUCCUUGGGUUUAUUUACAUCAUCUUUUCAGAUUCCGCAGGUGGAGUACAAGAAGACAGACUACUACUUUUGCUGAAAAUGAUAAUUGAGCAACAGAAGAAUAACAGCAAAGCUUUGAAAUUCAAUCCGAAGGCUGCGUUAUUUCUGGCAAACAGAUUUGAUGCGGUACAAGAAGAAGGUCGAGAGAAGGUCAAACGGCAUAUCCUCGAUCAGCUCGGAAAAUACUGGCCAGAGUUUGAUGAAUCUAUGACAGUAUUCUUUUCGACAAAGACAGCGUUAAGAGAUGUUGCCGCGCACCCGGACUACGUAAAUGAUGACUACAAAACAUUGCUUUCGUCUAUUAGCAAUCUGUUUUCACUAGCCAUGGAUAGGAGAAUCAAGGCUUCUUACAAGUGGAUCGAAACGGUUUUACAGAGGUUAAACCACUUCUUAAAGACAACCGUGACAAGACUAGACAUGACACAAAGAGACCAUCAAGAACGGGCAGUAAAGCAGCAAAUGAGGCUUCAAAACCUAAAAGAACGGUCCAAUACAGUUGUAAGUGAACUUCUGGCAGAUAUAGCAGAACGUAGUGAGCAUAUUGUUCGAGAAGUGCAAAAAUAUCUCUCCACCCCUCAGGCAAAAUUUCUCCUAUGUUCGGUUUGGAAACCAGACGAAAUUCCAAAAUUAGAAGAAAAAAUUACGGACGUUAAUCAUUGGCUAUGGGUAAAACAGCGUGUAGAUGAUGCUUUCUACGACAGAUUAUGUAACGCUAUUGAAGACUGGGAUGACGAAGAGAGCAAAGUUUCAUGCAUUGAAACUGAAAUUGUUGAAAAUAUUAAAUCAAAACUUGGAAUUUUGCAAGAUGAAAUCGCAAAGGUUGAACAUGACUUAAGAUCGACGCAGUCAUCUACUGGUUCAAUGGAUUUAAAAGCUCGCAGGCUGUCUGUUAUUCUUCCUAGAGGGCAAAUGAUUGAAGAACCCUUGAAGCUCGCUUUGCAUAUGCAGCAUCGGGUUACAAACAACCCUUUUGAGAAAAUGAAAUAUCGAAGAGAAGCAGGUAAGUUUGAAAAAGACACCCAAGCUUGGGCCAGAAAGAGGGCGGAAAAAUUGAUGUCGAAACUUUUGGCAAACAGACCAAAAGACAAAUCAGAAGUUGGCUUGUUGACAAAGCUUGUUGACCAGUUGAUGCGACGUCCAAGAGACAUUGUAGAGAGAUUAGAGCAACGCAUUCCAUGCAUCAUUGACACCAAUGUGGAACUUCUCAACUCUAUUCAGAAUUUGAUGGUAACACAAAGAAGAGACGCAAAUAAGUACGAAGAGAUGAUGGUCCUUAUAGAGAGGCUUAAAGAAUCACUGAUGAACUAUGGUGAAGGUUACAUAUUUGUCAACGACUUUAAAUCAAACGAAUUAAAAGUAUUACAAGAUACUCCUGCUGGACAGAGUCUUGCACAGACAUUCCGAUUCAGCGAGCUUGUAACAGGAGGCUCCUCAAAUAAAGGUCAAGUAGUAACAACUGUUCCACUAGGUCUUUGGACAAUUGUUCGUCAAGGCACUCUCCAAAGAGACGGAAAAGCAACACCAGUUUCAAUUAAAAUGUACAUGCCCUCGUCCGGAAUAAGCCACACUUUCCAAGAGGUUGCCAAGUUGAGAUGUCUUCUUAACAAGGACGUGUACUUAGCAGAGUUUUUAGGUAUUCAUCAUACCGAGGCUGUCACCCCUGCAUAUAUAUUUGAUGGACAUUUACUGCCAUUGAACCGAUAUGCAGCUGAAGAUGCAAAUUUCAAAAAUUGUCUUCCAAGAUUGCUUAGAGAAAUAGCAAAUGGGAUACAUUAUCUACACUCUAAAGGAAUGGUUCACAUGGAGUUGAAAAAGUCCACUGUCACGGUAACAGAAUCUGGUGAGGUUCGCUUGACUGGGGCUUGUGUUCCAAGGCAUGCAACACUACCGCUUGAAAAAGAGAACCAGGUGUCUGACUUUGUCUACCUUGCACCCGAAGUUUUGAGAAAAGAGCUCUAUAUAACAUCAGCUGAUAUAUAUGGAUAUGGCUUACUUAUGUAUGAAUUGUUAUGUGAGAGGAAAGCCUUUCAAGAACAGCGAAAGUCCACUUUUAAAGAUUUUGCGGAACGAGUAAAUCCUGAGAAAAUGCUUCACCUGCUCACACAUAUUAGUGCAUGUUUAACGGAAGGUACGAUAAAAUUGAUAUCACAUUGUGUGCAGAUAUCAGAAGACGAUAGACCAAACAUGCACGUCGUGAUAGAAAUGCUGGAUAGCCUUAAGGGAGACUUUGGAAAAGAGGUAACUGGACGAAGACCCGGAAUGCACACACCGGGGGAAGUUUUCCGAAGGCCGAGAGAAUGUGAAAAGAACACACAUUUUAGAUGGAACAAAUGUGCUAAGUUAACAAACACCGGCAGAAAUACGGAAAAAAUGAAUGAAGAAGAAAUUGGUGGUAAAAAGAUAGCUUUUUUCACCGAUAUUAAUGAAGAUGAAGAUGAACAGACACAAGCUGAAGAAGUCGAAGCAGAAAAUGUUCAAACUUUAACGCUGGAGGCUAUAAAUGAUUUGAAAGAUGCACUGGAAGCUAUGGAAUUGGCUGAAGAUUAUGGUAUCGAUAUUGAUGAACUUGAGUCGGUUGAUGAAAUACAAACACGACUUAAAUGUCACCUGAAGCUUACAAAUGAAGGCAAUCUUAAAGAAAAGAUGGAUGUUCAGAUAAAAGAACUCGGGAAAAGAGAUGCCCUUAAAAAGGAGAACUUAUCUCGUAUUAUUAAAGAUGUUAAGAACAUAUUUACACAAAGUGCAACUCGAACUACAAAACGCCAAGAGCUGGUGGAAGAUUUACUAAACAAGGAUGGAACAACCGAUGAUAUAAGAUUCGAUUGUGAUCUCCGCCUAACAAGUCUUAAAGAAAAAGAAUGCGUUUUACUUGUUUCAGGUGAAUCGUCGGCGGGAAAAUCUAGUCUUCUGAACUUAUUACUCGGUGAAGAAAUCCUACCUUCACACAUGCUUCCUUGUACGUCUUGUAUAACAGUCAUUAGAUACAAGCCUUAUAAAUGCGCCAAUGUAGUAUACAAAAAUGGAAAGAUAGAAUCCAUUCCGAAUCUAGAUAAAGAAGGACUACAACAACUCCAACAGAGAGCAUAUUUUUCACAUGCAACAAAAGGCAAAGACGAAGAAGAUGUAUAUAAAGCAAGGAAAGAAGAUCACGAAGUUGCUGAAAUUCAAGUUUAUCUACCCAUUACAUUGCUUUAUUCCGGUCUUGUGUUAGUUGAUACCCCAGGAAUUGGAGAAAAUGAAUUUCUAGAGAACUAUUUGAUGGAAUAUAUAAGAUCUCAUCAGAUACUUGGCUUUGUAUACAUCAUAAUGACUGACAAUGCUCUAGGGAUAGCGGAGGAUAGGAUUGUCAAUUUAAUGAGCCUUAUAAUCAAGAGUCAAAGGAACAGCAAUGACGUUGUGAAGUUUAAUCCAAAGGCGGCAUUGUUCGUCUGUAACAGAUGGGACAUGGUGCCACAAGAGUCAAAGAAAGCCGUGCGCGAAAAUGCAUUGAAACAGCUUGAGAAGGCAUGGCCAGAAUUUGAUUCAUCUAACGCAGUUUUCUUUUCAACAUUCAACGCUAAGAGAGAGAUUAGCGUUAAUGAAGGAUAUAUUACUGAUGAAUAUGUCGCAUUGAUGUAUGGAUUGAUGAAACUCGUUGAAAUUUCAUUGGACAAACGCAUAAAAGCUUCCUACAGGUGGAUAGGGACUGUUCUUCAAAGAAGUGUGCACUACAUGAAGACAAUGGUUCACACUCUUGAGAUGAGUGACAAGGAAAGACAGAAACAGACCCAGCAAGUGUCGGCGAAGUUGAAAAUACUUAGCGAAAAGGCAGACUCUGUUAUAAUGUCACUCUACAACGAAAUGGAGGUGGCUGUGGAAGACAUUAGUCAUCAGAUAAGGAAUUAUUUAAAAACCACACAAGCCAAAACAAAGCUGACAACAAAAUGGGGAGAAAAGGAAGGAGAGCUGCCUGAUUUGACCUAUGCUUCAGGGACAUGGUCUUGGAUAAAACGGCACAUUGAUUCCGCUUUUGAUGAUCGUCUUACGGACCUGCUCGAAGAAUGGGACGAACAAGCACAAAUAAUUCCAACCCUUGAGAAAAAACUAUUUCGGGAAGCUAAACUUAACCUGUGCGAACUAGAAAGCGAUCUUGCUGAGGUUGAACACGAUGUACAACAAAGUGAAGAUACUAGAUCUCUUUCUAGAUCAACAAGUAUGGCACUUCUUUCUAAUUUAUGUCGAUCUAUUGAGGAUUUUGAAGAAGAGGAUCUACUGGAUAGCGAGGUACCAAAGAAAAUAACGCAUAGGCUGAAAUCGUUCAUGACAAAAGCUAUAAGAAAAAAGCAUGAUGAAACCAAACUGAGAGAUUAUAAACAUAAUCCUGGUAGAGUUGCUCAAAUUCGAUCUGAAAAACUCCAUGAGUCAAUGAUAAAAGACAAAGAUGAACGCCUGGAAUCUUUUGUAAAGGACUUCCUUCAAAGACCAUAUAAUUACAUUAAGAGGUUAGAAUCCAAAAUUCCAGGACUUAUCAGUUCAAACAUGACUCUUCUUGAAAGGUUCGAAAAGGAAAUUUUGGCCGAACAAAAAUGUAGAACUCAAUAUGAAGAAAUGUUGGUAAGAAUAGAAAAGAUUCGAAGAGAGCUGAUAGAUUAUGGAGAGGAUAAUUUCUUUGUUAGUGAUUUUGAAGAAAAAGAUGUCAAAAUGCACGUCCAAGUUCCUCAGGAUAAGCCAAGAAACAAAAUGCUGUUAAAAAGACCUUCUAUGGCAGACUUGAUGAAAAGUGCAUCUGUAAAGCGAAAUACGGUUGAUUCAGAUUUGCCGCAUGGAUUGUGGCACUUAGUUCAUUCGGGAGAAAUAACCAAAGGCAGUGAAAGGCAGCACGUGGCUGUUAAAAUGUAUUCAACCCACACGAAUGUAGAGAAUAUUCCAAAUGAAAUAGCAAAAUUGAGAUGUCUCAUGCACAUUGAUGUGUGCAUUGCAGAGUUUCUGGGGGUGUUCCAUCAAAAAGACACACCUACACCGGCACUACUAUUCGCGGGAAAGUUAUCGUCCCUUUCUACAUACAUGAAAAUGUCGUCGGAAGUGAAUACGACAAAAACUCUACAAGAGGUUCUUGCCGGUCUACAGUAUCUUCAUUCCAAAGGAUUGGUCCAUAUGGAUUUGACCAAGGACACUGUAACGGUAUCUGAAAAAGGGGACGUAAAGAUGACUGGUGGUUGCUUGCCAAGAAAACCAGAACUUCCAAUGGAGAACUGUGAAAAAGUUACUCCUGGAUGGGAAUAUCUUGCACCUGAAGUUCUACGCGGUCAAACGUAUGUUGCAUGUGCAGACAUGUACUCAUUUGCCCUUCUUACCCUGGAAGUAGCGAAUAGUCGAUUCGAACUUUUUUCUGAUGUACCAAAACAGUCUAUUAAACAGUUUUUGGAGAAUUCUGCAACAACACAUCUGGAACCAACCGUCAAAAAUUUAAAAAUGGCUCCGUUAGUGAUCGAGAAAUUAUUGCUUUGUCUAGAAGUGGACAUGGCAAAAAGACCGGAUGCAUCGAAACUGGGAGCAGAGUUCAAAGGAAAAUCAAUGAAACCAAUUCAGUCCAAAAGAAGUACAGCUACACCGAAACAUAUAUUUUCGAGACGUUUCUCAGCAAAGAAGAAAUGAGUAUUCAUACUAGUUUAAUGAACAUUAUAGAAGAUAUUGUUACAAUUUCAUGAAGUUUAAGAAAUAGCAAACAUUGCUGUGUUAUCUUUAAGGUGGAGAUAGUUAAUUUACAAUGCCAGCAAGACAUUUACACAUAAAUCGACAUUGAAGAAACAUAAAAAAAAUCCUUAUUUCUAUGUAAUUAUUAUAUUAUUAUCUUUUUUAUUCAGGGUGUGAAAUAUCUGGUACAGAAAUCAACAUAUCGCCGACAUCAAAACAAUAUAUUUAUGAAAAUAACAUACACCAGUUUUCAAAGCACCAAAUAAACUAGUAAAAUAAUUCUAAUACUUUAAGAACUGGCUGGAUAUUUGAACAUAUUUUAUCAUAAUAUAGAUUCAUUUUUGCCUUGUAUUUUCCUUUUGUUCUCACACUGGUUUCAUUUGUAACUACAGUCAAAGCAGACAAGGCUACACAUAUUGCCUAAGAGAUAUCAAUAGUUUUGAGCUAAAAAUGAUAGUUUUCUCAAGGAGCGUCAUGACGAAUAAAACAAAUUAUACUCUGACAGAAGUUAUAAAAAAGCAGGAGACAUGCAAUUGCAUCGUGUCCCGUUUUAUUUUAAAUAUUAAUAACAUAUCUUUUUCAGCGGGUUUUGUUUUACCAAUUCGAAUGAUACCUUGAUAAUAAUACUCAGAUCGCACUCAAAUGGUGAUUCAUGGAAGUGCUAUUUGAUAUCGGCCAAAACCAUAAAAAACAUUUUUGUUUAUCGUUUUUACGUUUAUUAUGAUUUAUUUAAGUAUCAAAGUUA